GGCAACGUUUUUGGCCGAGUGGACGCGGUUUGCAGCAUGAGCGUGCGCCUGGACUCACUCACGGUCACCGGAGUGGCGUCCUUCAACAGGUCGCCUGGAGUGAUCCGCGUGGCCCUCAGUGGGUAUGGCCCAGGACUGCUCAAAUCCAACAUUGUGAUUUCCAACAAUGAGGUGUACG